AUGCCCCAGCAGCCCGAAGCAACGCUUCUCGUAGACCUGACCAAAGUCCCUGCAAGCUGGCCCCUAGCGACCGUCAUCGACGCCUUCGUCAAUUUGGCUGUUUGGAAAACAGCUAUAAACGCGAAUCGAGCUCUUGAGGCGGUGAGUACUCGGCUGGUGGAGCUCUGGGCCGCGCAGCCGGCGGAGGCCCAGGCCUGGCUCCAGCCAUGCCGGGAGCGCUUUGAGACGGAGCUCGCGGGCAAGGAGACGAGGGCGGAGGAGCUCCAAGAGGCGCUGCUCCGGCACGGGGCCGCCGAGUUCGGCCUAUACAAGGACGCCUGCCGCAGCUUCCCCGAGGCAUUGGCGGCUAGGUACCUGCAGAAUCAGUCCUUUUGCCACUGGCGCUUCUCCGAGGCGGGGCUCCUGCGAGAAGAGCGGUGCUGCUCAGCAGCGGAGCGGGAGAGCCAGGCGGCCUGGUACCUGCAGCUUCCCUACCUCCGCGCUCGCUGCCGGGAGCUCGCGAAGCGGCUCGUGGCGGCCGAGAGCCAGGAGACAGCGCGGAAGCGGCAGAAGCUCGAGGAGACCGCCGAGCGCCGGCGCCUCGAAGCGGAGCUCCACACAUCGCAGGAGGAGGGCCGAGAUCUGCGCAAUCGCCUGGCCGUUGCCGAGGCAGAGGUGUCUGUCAAGACCGCGGAGCUCGAAACUGCAACUCGUGCUGCAGCUGCGGAGUCAGCCGUGGCAAAGAUGCGGAAGGAGGAGGGCCGAGAGCUCAGAAAUCGCCUGGCUGCGGCCGAGGCGGAGGUUUCCAACAAGGAUGCGGAGCUGCGAGCUGCGCAGAGCGAGAGGGCCAAGUGCAAGGAGCAGUGCGAGGAGUUCGCAAGCCGCACAGCAGCUGCAGAGUCAGCGGCGGCGGAGAUGCGGCAGGAGCUCGGGCAGUUGCAGGACGAGCACGGCACGUGCCAGCAGCGUUGUGAGGAGCUUGCGAGCCGCUUGGAGGCGGCGGAGGCCGAAGUUUCCGAGCAGAAGGGACGUCUCGCAGAGGCCGAGUCUGAUGCCGCCAAGAUGCGGGUGGAGCUGCAUCGCCUGCAAGAGGAGAGCUGCCAGGCGCGCAUAGCUUUGGCGGCUAAGGAGGAGGCCGGGAGCCGCGAGCUGCAGGAGCAGUGCGAGCAGCUCCGACAGCAGCUCAAGGAAACCUCGGCCAAAGCAGAGGCCGAGAGGUCGGCGAUGCUCGGUCGGAUGCAGGUCUUGCGGGAAGAGCUUAAGGACAUGCACAAGCAGCGGAUUCGUGAGCUGGAGCUCCAGCAACGGGAAGCCCGGGACUUGGUCGGCCACGCCAACGCUGAAACGUCCCAUGGCCAGGAGCCGGAUCUUGCCGAGCAGCUCGGCUGCUUCAUGGCUGAUGCCAUCUUCAAGAUCCGGAGCUGUGACACCGAGUACUACCUGAUGGGCACGGACUUGAAGAAAGGCUCGCAGGUGGUCAGCGCCGAUGGCAAGACCAUCCUCGAAGUGGCCGCCCCUCCGGAGAUCCGUGCCGCCAAGGAAGUGGUCGACUUGCACGCAGGAGCCGCGACGCUGUGCGUGACCCCGGACCAUCCCGUGCGAGUCCCCGAUGCAAGGGGCGAGCUCGACCAGAUUCUCUACCUCCCCGCGGGCCAGCUGAAGGUGGGCGACUCGGUGGUGCUCGAUUCGGGAGAAGCUGCAAAGCUGACCGGGGUGAAUCUCCAGGCCACAGAGUGCGACGUGCUGAAGAUCGUCUUUGAGCCGGACCUACCCGUGGCCGUCUUCUACAGCCCGCCUUGCAUCCAAAGCAAAGGCCACAAGAAGAAGCCACCGCGCCGCUCCGGCGAGUGGCGGAAAGGGAAGGCGGUGGUGGAUCCGACCGACGGAAACACGGCCGUCGGGAGUGCAAGGAUCGAGAUGGACCACGCGCAUCAGCACGACGUCCCCUUCGGCUGGACGAGCAGCGACAUCCCUUUGUCGGAGGGGGCCCGGCGCAACAAGCCGCACGACUGCUGGAUCGCCAUCUGCGGCGAGCUCUUCGACCUGACGGAUUUCCUGAAGCACCACCAGGAGCAGCGCAACUCCAUCCUUGCCUGGGCAGCCACCCCGGCGGCGACGACAUCCUGA